AUGGCAGUUUCAUACAGUGACUCGGACAGCUUCCUUAGGGGUCGAAUAGGAAGGCGGACACCUUUGAGAGCAUCCCACAACAGAGCUCAGAACUGUGGUGCCGAAGAAGUUACAGAGAAGAUCCAUACUUUAGCAAGCACUUUACAGGACACCAACAGAAAUCUAAGACAUGUUGACCACUUGCUAGGACAAUACAGAGAAUACAACAAGGAACAAACUGAGGCAAUAGCAACUUUAAAAGAAAGACUGGAACAGUCUGUAGGUCAAGUAAGGAGCCAACGAUUAACCCGAAACUCUACAAUGAGAAGUGCUUCUCUCUCAAGCUUAUACCCCAGUGAUGCGGAUGGAGAAGAAGCAUCAGGUAACCGUCACUUCCUGCCUACUUCUCCUCUCAGGGAUUAUGGAGACCCACAGGGCAAUAAACAUCGAAGGUGUAGAUCUGCAAGUGUUCGAUUUGUCAGUGAGGCAGAUAAUUUGAACCAGCUGCAUUCUCUCCACCAGUCCCUUCGAGAUCUCAGUAGUGAACAACUUCGCCUUGGAGAUGACAUCAGUCGGGAGCUUUCAAGGAGAAAUCGGACUGAUGCUGAAUUGAGGAAGACUCUAGAAGAAUUGUCUGAAAAGCUCACCGAGUCCCAAAGACAAGAAACG